AAAAUUUUAAAACAAACUUCAUUCCAAAAUUCCACCACGAUUCUCCAAAGCUUGACAUCGAUCGCGCUGAUACACAUUGAUCUUAUAUAAAAUUUUGGUGUUUUGGAGCAUUCAGCGAUUGAUCACACUUUAAAUAGAAAUCUCUUUCAUCCGGUCUGAUCUGAUCUUAUUUAUCUAUUUUUUGCUCUAGUUACUUUCGCAAUAAAGACAAGGUGAAAAGAACAAAGUCAAACUUUUUCAUCAAUCAUCGAAUUGCCGGUCAAUGGUUUCUUACGUCUCUUCCUUGUUCUUUUAUUUUAUCCUCCUACAAUUACUCCUAAAACAAAUUUCCCCGGUAGCCGGUAGUAAGAUUCCGGCAUUGAUUGUAUUUGGUGACUCGACCGUCGACACCGGGAAUAACAAUGGGCUAAAUACAAUACUAAAGAGCAACUUUGCGCCUUAUGGUCGAGACUUUGAAGGUGGCCGCCCCACAGGUCGAUUUUGUAACGGCCGAGUGGCAUCAGAUUUCUUCUCUGAAUACUUAGGGCUCAAUAAAACUUUGCCGGCGUAUUUGGACACUAGUUUUAAUAUGAGUGAUUUUGUUACUGGAGUCAAUUUUGCUUCUGCGGGUACCGGUUAUGAUAAUACUACUACUGCUGUCUUUAAUGUGAUACCACUAACAAAGGAAAUCGAAUAUUACAAGGAGUAUCAACAAAAACUACGAGACUAUAUUGGGGUAGACAAAGCAAACGAUAUACUUAGCAGAGCAGUAUACAUAAUGAGUAUGGGAACGAAUGACUUUCUAGAAAGCUACUUCUUACGGCCUACACUCAAGAUUAAAUACACAGUCCAAGAGUACGAGGAUCAUCUUGUAAGUAUCGCCAAGAAUUUUGUUGAGGAGAUUUACAGUCUUGGAGCUCGUAAAAUUACGUUGGCAGGGCUUCCUCCCAUGGGUUGCUUACCAUUAGAGAGGACUAUACAUUUUAAGGCAAUUACUAAGUGCAAUGAAUACUACAACAAUGUUGCCCUUGAAUAUAAUGCUAAAUUGAAGGCCAUGUUGGAUUUACUUAGUACACAAUUGCCUGCCAUCCAACUCUAUUUUUCUGACCCUUAUUACAUUAUUCUCCAAAUGAUUCAAACACCUUCACAGUUUGGGAUGACUGAAUCAUCAAAGGCAUGUUGUGGAACUGGCUAUGUGGAGAUGAGUUAUCUGUGCAUUGUGGAUGAUAAAUUAAGUUGCUCCGAUGCUGGAAAAUACGUUUUCUGGGAUUCUUUUCAUCCAAGUGAAAAAGCCUACCAGAUUUUGUCUCAAGAUAUCUUUAAUAAUGUCUUGUACAAAUUUCUUUAAUUUAAAGUCAUAUGAAAAUAUAUUGUAGCUAUAAUUUUUUAUUUUUUUUGUAUUUUUUUAGGAUACAGAGGGCCUUGGAAUUUAGCAAGUCCUCAUUUGUUUAUAAAUAAUAGUUGUAUCAGUAUAUUUAUUUGAAUAUAUAACUUUGAUUAGACAAAUUGUACAAUGUUUAAAAUAAUAAUGUGAGGGGGUGAAAAUUCA